AACUGUGCCGAGCGUAACAUCUACUGGAAAAAGUAAACAUUUUUACAUUUACAAAUCGCAAAGGUCGAUUCAUGAAAGACGAUAAAAUGCUAUUCUACGAUGAAAAUAAACCAGCGAAACACGAAAAGGAGCUUUCCCUGUAUCUUCGGAACCGAGUCGAACGUAAACGCUCCGAUCAAGGUAAACGCUACGGCAAAUCGUGGUUCGUUAACACAUUAAUAAAACAUUCGAAGAUGUACUGCAAGUACAGCAAGCUAGCUGGAUUCAACUAUUUCGUGGAACCUGAAACUUCAUGGUAUAGCAGGGUUCUAUUAAUUCUGGUGUAUUCGGUCAUCGUGCCCGCUAUGAUUUACACAAUUUAUCAUCAGUUAGAUGACUUUUUCGAGAAUCCCUGCUUCACAAGCGUGGACACGGAAUAUUUUCCCACGCAGGACUUGAAUUUUCCAGGCGUGGCCAUCUGUAGCAUUAAUCGAAUUAGUCGUCAGGCCGCCCUGGAAAUGGCGAACGAAAUUUUCGAGCGGAACAUUACUCGAUCGUCCAUCGAAGAAAUUCUUGAGAUGUUUACGGAGCUGAGCGUCUUGUACGAUUCCGAGACGUCGGUGCUGAAUCGAACCAACCAAAUCCAUAAACUUCUAACACAGUAUUAUAACGGCGAUUACAAUGUCACUGACAUAAUGAAGCGUCUAACGCCGCAAUGCUCGGCCAUACUUUCGAAAUGCCGUUUCCACGACGAGGACAGAAACUGCUCGGAGGUGUUUGAGUUUCGCAAGACACAGGACGGAUUCUGUUGUACUUUCAAUUACGCCAUCAAACAAGACGACAGAGCGUUCAACGAUGCCGUCGAUCACCGACUAGAACCAGCGAAGGUGGACGACUUUGGCCCAGACCAAGGUCUAUCGGUCUUGUUGGAACCGUUUCUGGACGAUUACUUUUAUUCUAUUUUCCCCAUCACUGGUUGGAAGGUGACGAUUUUCAAUCCUCACGAUUAUCCGGACACUACCAGCGGUGGAGUCUCCGAGAUUUUCGUGUCCGCGGAAACGCAACAGAGCGUGGAGCUUCGUGCGAUCAUAUCUUACGGCACGAAAAACAUUAUGCCAAUCUCGUUGGAGCACCGACACUGCGUGUUUCCCGAGGAGAUGGAUUCUUACACUUAUAGCGACUGCAUUGUCGAAUGCAGAACUAGGAACAUGUGGGAUACCUGCGGAUGCAUACCAUUCUAUCUGCCAAAUGAUUCCAAGAGGGUCUGCAACUUGGAAGACGUGCCGUGUUUGUCGCAGCACAAACAUAAAUGGUUUGCCGCCAUGCCUCACGCAUAUCACCAUGGCGUUGAUACAAUAGACGAUAACGAAGUUUUGAUUUGCAGCCAUUGCUUUCCCACGUGUAACGACGUGACAUACAGUCUACAGUCUACAUUCUAUGCUUGCAUGACUCGUGAUCGUCAUCAAACUAAACUACUGAACGGCGUCGACUAUGCGAAUCAAAGCACCGUGCAAGUGUACUUUACUCGUGUUGGCACGGUAAAGCUGAAACAAAACGUGGCCAGUCAGUGGUACGAUCUUUUGAGCCAGGCCAGUGGAAUCGGUGGCAUCUUUAUUGGUUUCAGCCUCAUCGCCAUCGUGGAGUUGAGUUAUUUCGUCGGGCUUUUCGUGUUGGAAGUUUUAAAAGGACCAGAUUCCUCUGACGGUAUCGAAGAUGAAACUGAGCGUAAACAGUUACCGUUACAGACAAUUUAUUGGGGCGAAUUGUAUCCGAGAACGAGACUCGAGACGAUGGCGAACCGUCCAGAACGAAUUGCUUUUAAAUAAUAACGUUACGUAUCUUAAACAUCUGCUUACGUGUACGUAUGUAUAUGUACGUACUUGCGAGAGUAGGACAAAAGUUGUUUACGUGUGAGGUGGAAAAAACCAAGAUUUGACAAUCUUCGUGGCAGGAUCGUGCAUUUUCUUUUCUAGUAAUAAACAACGAACGCUUCGAUAAUAAUUUCACGUUGCUUUAAAAAAAAUGUAUGUUCUUCUGCAUAAAUUGCACAUUGCAUUGAAAAAUACUUGUUGGCAGGUUUAUUUCAAUUGUACUUAUAGCAAUCUCGAUAGUAUACGUACACAUACGUAUAUGGAUUCGGUAUCAAUAGCAUUCCUUGCGAGAUCUGUGAACUAGUCGCAACACAAAUUUUCAUUCCGUAGAAACAUCGCAAGGGCAGAAUGUGCUUGGAACCACGCGCAUACGUUUGCGUUGGCGUUUAGGUAUCGACAAAAGGAUGGUCGUCGAGCCGUGGACAGGCGGGAAAACGGUCGAGUCACGGAGAUUCGAUUAACGUCGUGUAAACUUGAUCUAAUUUGCGUGAACCGGUCGUUGCUAGACCGGCUGUCGGGGUUGCAUGAUAACUGCCAAAGACGGUUACGUUCGACGAACGACGCAUUUUUAUAACGAAACAUGUAUCUACAUAUGUACAUAUACAAUUCGAUGACGUAACAUCCUACGAAACGACCGCGACCUACCGCGAGAUUAUCAUUGGUUUAGUCUCAUAUCUUAACAUUACACUAAGGGAAACGUGUCUACGAACUCUUUUUUUUUUGUAUAACCUGUAGCUGACGAUACAUGAGAUAAGCGAGUCGCAACGAUAAUUGAACGUUGCGAGAGAUACAUAUGCGCGACCUUUCCGAAGACGAAUUGCAGUGUCGCGCAGGCGACACGUGUUGCAAGCAAAACAAAGCUACGAUCGGUUUUUCGAUCCGCAUAGAAAACAUUGCAGAGAGUGCAGUCGUCGAGGAAGUUUCGAUGUUGAAUCGUUGGCGUCGUGUAACCACAAGAUAUGCAAUAGCUUUCUGCGCCUUCACGCGUAACGAUGUAUGUACAUGUGUGUACGUGAAAAGGAUCUAGUAGAAUAAGGAUAGGCAAUCGGCUCCCACCCCGGUUUUCAUUGCUAUUAUGUGCCGUGCAACGCUUUUGGCCUAAAACAUCGUUCCACAAAGUUUCAGACUAUUACCACCCCGUUUA